AUGGCUCAUGAUAGUGACCUUCCCUGCGACGGAGAUGAUCGGUGCAUGAUCUGCAAAAUCACGCCGCCGGUGGAAGAGACGUUAACCUGCAAGACAUGUGUCACUCCUUGGCAUCUUGACUGUCUAUCUGUUCGACCCCAAACCCUAGCCGAUGCUGCCCAAUGGGAGUGUCCCGACUGUUCUAAUCUCAUUUCAUCUCAUCCGCCUCCAUCCGCCGUUACAUCGGGAUCUGAGCCAUCUGCUACGCUGAUUGCCGCUAUUCGGGUCAUUGAGUCGGAUGCCUCACUCUCUGACCAAGAGAAGGCUAAGAGACGACAGCAGUUGUUGAGUGGAGGAGGAUCUGAUGAUGGUGAUAAAGGAAUUGAUGCCAAAAAUGAGAUCGGCGUCGGCGGCGAUAGCGAUGUUCUGAAGCUUCUCAGCGGCAGCUUCAACUGCUCCUUUUGCAUGCAGCUACCGGAGAGACCCGUCACGACACCCUGUGGUCACAACUUUUGCCUGAAGUGCUUUGAGAAAUGGGUUGGCCAAGGGAAACGUACUUGUGCCAUCUGUCGAACUACAAUUCCUCCUAAAAUGGCAAGUCAGCCUCGAAUCAACUCAUCCCUUGUUAUUGCAAUUAGAAUGGCGAAGAUGACCAGGUCACAUGCUGCUACAGGACCACCUAAAGCCUACAAUUCUGUUCUAAACCAAAACAGACCAGACAAAGCAUAUACCAGUGAGCGCGCAAAGAAGUCUGGGAAGGCUAAUGCAUGCAGUGGAAAAAUAUUUGUCACAGUUCCACCUGAUCAUUUUGGACCCAUUCUUGCAGAGAAUGAUCCAGAGAGAGGAACGGGAGUUCUUGUUGGGGAAACUUGGGAAGAUCGUAUGGAAUGUAGACAGUGGGGGGUUCAUCUUCCUCAUGUUGCUGGGAUAUCUGGGCAGUCUGAUUAUGGUGCACAAUCUGUGGCACUAUCUGGAGGAUAUGAAGAUGAUGAAGAUCAUGGAGAGUGGUUCCUCUACACGGGAAGUGGUGGAAGAGACUUGAGUGGAAAUAAAAGGACCAACAAGACGCAGUCAUUUGAUCAGAAGUUUGAGAAGUAUAAUGAAGCUUUACGGGUUAGUUGCAGAAAAGGCUACCCAGUACGUGUUGUGAGGUCACACAAGGAAAAACGAUCUGCUUAUGCACCGGAGAAAGGAGUACGGUAUGAUGGGAUUUACAGGAUUGAAAAAUGCUGGAGGAAGCCUGGAAUUCAAGGAUACAAAGUAUGCCGGUAUCUAUUUGUUCGUUGUGAUAAUGAUCCUGCUCCAUGGACAAGUGAUGAAAAUGGGGAUCGUCCAAGGCCUUUUCCUUCCAUUAAGGAGCUGAAAAAUGCAACAGAUAUAACAGAGAGAAAGGGUACUCCAUCUUGGGAUUACGAUGAUGAGAAAGCUUGUUGGUUGUGGAAAGUACCUGCACCAGGAAGCAGAAAACAUGCAGAUAAUGGAGAUGUUGAGGAUGGGAAUCGCACAAAGAAAGUCCGUCGUAAAACACAAAUGAUGUCUGUGAGUGAACGAUUACUGAAAGAGUUCUGCUGCCUCAUCUGCCAUAAAGUGAUGACUCUCCCGCUUACUACUCCCUGUGCACACAAUUUUUGCAAGUCCUGUUUGCAAGAUACCUUUGCUGGACAAACUUUUAUGAAGGAGAGGACAUGUGAAGGUAGACGGGCAUUAAGGGCAAAGAAGAACAUCAUGAAAUGCCCUUCUUGCUCGAAUGACAUUUCUGAAUACCUGCAAAAUCCCCAGGUGAAUAGGGAAUUGAUGAGUGUGAUUGAAUCACUUCAAAGGCAGACCAAAGAAAUGGAGGAAAGUGCAGUGCUGGGAGAUGAAAUAUUGGACACAGAUGAGAAAACCGAUGAUGUUAAAGAUGAGAAACCCGAGGCUGAGGUAAAAGACUUGAAGCCAGAGACGUCUGAGGCUGUUGUUUUCCAGGAUGAGAUGAAUGUCGUAUGUGAUUCAUCUAACGAUGAGGCCAAGGGAAGCGAUAAAAGAGAAGCCAUUGCAAAAACUUCAGCUGUUAAAAGUAACAAGAAAAAGAAAGCAGGUGCUAGCAAUAACAAGACAGCAGAGGAGAGUGGUACGACGAGUCUUAAGCCAGAAAUUACGAGGAUGAGUGAAGUUACAAAGAGGAAAAUAGAGGAUGACGGGAAAUGCUCGUCGCCUAUAAGUGCAGGAGUUGAGACGAGAAGCAAAAAAGCCAAGCAGGAUGAUGAUGAUGAUGAUGAGUCUAGUUUCACAACGGCAGUCUGAUUUUAUAUCAUAUUCUCAUUUGGGUUUUUAGGAGCUAGUAUCUGUUUGGGGCUAGUUGCAACAUAUGUAUCAAGUAAUUCUCACAUAUUAAAUGUAUUCAUGGGAUUUGAAUGCUUAAGACUGCGGAUGAAAUGUAUAUAGACCUGUUAUCUAUCCUUGACAAGAAUAACAAUAUAGUAGAGUGGUUGUAUGACAUUC